CCGUGUUAUACUGUUUUGCCGUGCUGAGUUGAAAGCGUAGAAAAGCGCUCAGAGGGAGAAAGCGGGAGUACGUAUAUUUUGUAUUAUAAAGACCGUCAAAUUUUUUGUUUCUUUUUUCUUUAGCAGGACCCUGUCGACGUAAAAAUUUACAUUCCUUCCUCUUCCACCUACCUUUCCAUCAUGCUUCAGUCAUUGGUUCGUCCUGCUGCUCAAUCUGUUGCUCGCAAUACCUUCUCGCGUGCUUUCGCCUCCCAGGCUAGCACCUCCAUCCCGACUCCCGCUCCCGUUGAGCAGAGGACUAUUUCUCCCAAGAAGUAUGGUGGCAAGUAUACUGUCACCAUGAUUCCUGGUGAUGGUGUUGGUCCCGACUUGGCUGCCUCCGUUAAGGAUGUCUUCAAGGCUGCCAACGUUCCUGUUGAAUUUGAGCAAUACGAUGUCUCUGGUAUGACCUCUGCUGACGACAAAUUGUUCAAGGAAUCACUCGAUUCCCUUCGUCGCAACAAGGUCGGUAUCAAGGGUACUCUCUUCACCCCCGCUACCAAGCUUGGUCACACCUCCUUCAACGUUACCAUGCGUAAGGAUUUGGAUAUCUAUGCCUCCUUGUCUCUCUGCAAGAACAUUCCUGGCAUUGAUGCUCGCAUGAGCAACGUUGACAUUGCCAUCAUUCGUGAGAACACUGAGGGUGAAUACUCUGGUUUGGAACAUCAAUCUUACCCUGGUGUUGUUGAGUCUCUCAAGAUCAUCACCCGUGCCAAGACUGAGCGCAUUGCCCGUUUCGCUUUUGACUUUGCUGUCAAGAACAACCGCAAGAAGGUUACUGCUGUCCACAAGGCCAACAUCAUGAAACUCGGUGAUGGUUUGUUCUUGCGCACUUGCCGCGAUGUUGCCAAGGAAUACGAACACCACGGUAUCAUUUUCAACGACAUGAUUGUCGAUAACACUGCUAUGCAACUUGUCUCUCGUCCUCAACAAUUCGACGUUAUGGUCAUGCCUAACUUGUAUGGUAACAUUGUUUCCAACGUUGGUGCUGGUCUUAUUGGUGGUCCCGGUAUCAUCCCUGGCUGCAACAUCGGUCGUGAAUACGCUAUGUUCGAACCUGGUUGCCGUCACGUCGGUCUUGAUCUUGCUGACCAGAACGCCGCUAACCCCACUGCUAUGCUCUUGUCCUCCGUUAUGAUGUUGAGACAUCUCAACCUCGAUGAGCACGCCAACCGUAUCUCCAACGCUGUCUACGAGACCAUCCAAACUGGUACUGCUAAGACCAGAGACAUCGGUGGCAACAGCUCCACCACUGAGUUCACUGCUGCCGUCAUUUCCAAGUUGUAAAUUUCCCCUCACAUCCUCCUCCCCCCUCUCUUCACAUUUGUUCAGCCUUCCUUCUGCUGUUUAACUGGCCAUUUGUCUUAUUCUUUUUUCUAUCUCCAUCUUGCCAACAAAAAGAUUUUCAAUACAACACAAAACAAUAUAGAAUAUGUUGCCCUGAGCUAGUU